AUGGCUAAUCUUAGCCACUGCUUUUGGCUUCUUCUCGCAGGGGUUGCUGUCGUGAAUGCCAGCAACCGCAUCGUGGGUGGCCAGCCCGCACUCAUUGAGACGUACCCAUCGCUGGUCCAGGUGGAGUUCCUCGGAAUCUUCUCGGGCCUCUGGUCGCAGUCGUGCGCCGCGAACAUUCUCACUUCUAGAUACGUGCUGUCAGCCGCCCACUGCUUCGACGGGGUCAACUACCAACCGUCUAACCGUCGGAUCAGGGCGGGAACGACGGACCGGAAUACCGGCGGGGAGGUGGUCUAUGUGGAGCGCGAGUUCAACCACCCCAGCUACGGGGAACUGGGGUUGGACGGCGACAUUACUGUGGUGCAGCUCGCCUCACCGCUAACUUACUCUCCUGUGAUUAAGCAGGGCCGCAUCAUAUCCCAGGGUUUUGCGGUACCCGAUAACAUGCCAGUGGUUCACGCUGGAUGGGGGGCGACUUCGCAAGGCGGUCCGGCGUCAAGUGUACUAUUGGACACAACUAUCUACACGGUCAACAACGAACUUUGCGCGGAGCGUUAUCUGACCCUGCCCAAUCCCGGAAUCGUGACGGAAAACAUGAUCUGUGCUGGGUUGCUGGACAUCGGAGGCAGAGAUGCUUGCCAAGGUGACUCCGGUGGGCCCCUGUACCUCGGGGACAUAAUAGUGGGCGUAGUGUCCUGGGGCCACGGUUGCGCAAACGCCACCUUCCCAGGAGUGAGCACGGCAGUAUCUCCCUACACCGAUUGGAUCGUGGCAACGGCCUCA